CACGUCGGUGCCAUGGGACGAACGUCGUCCCUCACGGAGUGGGCCCACUUUGUCAAGACGUCCCACAAAGCCAGCACGAGCUACUGGUGGGUCUACUGCCGCCACUGCGUGCUGGCGGCAAUGGCUGCUGCCGCCGGCGACCAGUCAACAACCAACCAACCUCCAGCCAAAGCAAUGCACGAUUUCGUCGACACCAUGCCAGUGCCCACAGCUGCAGCUGCUGCGUCCACCACCGAUGCAGAACAGACGCUGCUUCCAUUGGUCGGUCGUCGCAGUGUGAUGAAGGCGCACCUGGCACAUUGCAUCCAUGCAACUCCCAUGCCGUCCAACCCCAUCGUGAAGCGACGUGCAGGAAAGCGAGGUGUCCACUGCGCAAUUGCUGAAUGGGCACACUUUCACCGCCUCGAAAAGGAAGGGUACAUUGGAAACACAAACUACUUCCCCGUCGUGUGCAAAUACUGCGCCGACGCGUACGACACCAAGACGAGACCGACGCCGCCCGAUGUGUUUACCGGACGCAAAGAAAGCAUGCGUCGCCAUCUGGCUCAAUGCCAGCACUUUACCGGCAACUUGCCCGACAAAGCGGCGAAACCAACCGCGUCCAAGUCGCUGUCCGAGUGGGAGUUCUUCGUCCAGCUGGACCGGCAACCGGGCAGCAUGUACCACUUCGCCAAGUGCAAGUCGUGCACCGAAGCCCACGCGGCCAACCCGGACCAGCACCCCGAGCCCAAGAUCAUCUUGGGUCGGAAACACAACAUGCAAACGCAUUUGGCCAACUGCCAUCACAUGCACCACCUUCGCAACGUCAUGGACGACAUUGCAUUCUCGAACGACGAGGACGACGAAGCACGUGAUGAAGAUCUGCAAAUCUCGGGCACUCCACCCGCAUCUCCACGCGAUGUUGACCCCCCCAAAAACGAAGCGCUGAUACACUUUACAAUCGAGCACAAUUUGCCCUUUUCGUGGGUCGAGUCCAAGCACAUGCAAGUGAUGGUUCAGUCGCGGUUGCCCUCUUCCCACGAUCUAUCAACCUCCAUCUUGCACAGAGUCCAACGUCGACUUGAAAACGAGCAACGCGCCAGUUCAAGGCAAACACUGAUCAUCGAAGCGCUUCCUCCAGCCCCCACCACCACCACGACAGACCAAGUAACUACCAGCUAUGUUGCGUGGCUUAUCGAUGCACACCGUGUGACCGUUCCUCAGUGGAUGCCCGGCCAAGAGACGCUGACGUGGACCUGUCAGGAUCGCGACUUGGCGUCAGUUGCCAUCGCUCGCAUCAACCAGAAUGCGGACACCGUUGUGGCGAUAGUUCUACCGUGGUCCCCCUUGCCCAGCAGCAGCGUGACGAUGAUCUCAACCCAUCCGUCGGUUUCCCACGUGUAUUGCCACCAGAGUGUGGGACCUAUAUUUUACUCCAUCAUGCACUCCGUCUUGCAAGAUGACAUGGUCACGCGGGUGUUACGGAUGGCGCUAACGUUGGCUCCGUUGCCGACUAGUUGUCUGUGGUCCAAUUGGGCGCCGUGGCUGCACCUUGUGAACCAACAGCGGUCGCAUCAUUAUCCGCUGGAAUUGGAUUUCUGGCACCAACUAGACAGUGUCGGGUCGCUCUUGUCGUCACUCAGCUUAGCCAAUGGCCUUGCGCGAGUCAAUACACUCAGUUUGGCCCACACGGUGCACCUUUUGGGAGACGUGUAUCUACGAAACCAAGGCCUCAACCGCACCACGCUGCUGCAGCUCAAGUUGGAGCGGGAGCUGGAACGCCACUGGCUAACACUGGAGCAGCCACUGAUGGUGCUGGCGUAUGUGCUGCAUCCAGAGUUUCAAGGGCACGUAGCGCUACACUCGCGACGAACCAAACUGACGACACAAGCGCUAGGCGACGUAGCCGUGUUUUAUUACUCCAAAUUCUUUCAAGAACCACCGCGAACGCUGUCGUUGGCGAGUGACGUGAUGGCGUUCGUCGAAGGUCGCCUGUCGAAUGUGUCCAACGCAGCCUCAACGGACGGUGCCACGUUCAGCACGCACCUGAGCGCAACCUACCCAGACCUUGUGCGGCUCAUGCAACGCCUACUAGACAUCAUACCGAGCUUUUGCCUUGACAAUGGCCACCUGUCGGCCCACCACUACACUCCCGACGAAUGGCAGAACAUCAAGUACAUCGCGUACUGCGCGCCACCGUCACCGCGUCAUAGCCAAGGUCUGGAAGAUAUCCGUGACGUGGACGAGCUGCUGCUCAAGUGGCGAUCCCAAGGGCUGGUGGAGUCGAACACGACGAACCAGGAGCUUGGGGGCACUCGUCAGGACCUCGUGCCAAAGGUCACGCUGAUGGAGUUGUUUGGGUCCCGGUUUCUCUAAGUUCGACAUGGACAUAAUUUAAUUCAGCAAGACAUACGUAGUUUAAAAUACUAUGAUCAUUACAUACAAAGA